UAGUUUGGCGGUUGGGUGGGGGAUGGAAAAAGCGUAAGCGUAUCAACGGUGUUAUUUUGUCAACAAUAAUCAGAAAAUAAUCGUCCCGUGGUGAUUGAAAAUCAUUACAGCAUCCACAGGCUAAUGAAAAAAUGCAGUGAUAGCUGCCGCGAUGUGGUUGCGAAGUGAGCACGUAGGAAGACGUCUCCGCGGUCGCAUCACGUCAAUCUCCAAGCUCCCUCGAUUGCAGACCCCGGGUGUUCGAAAGGUUCCAGCGACGAACAACAGCAGCCAACGAGUAAGUACAUCGAGUCGUUGCAAUCGUCUCUCCCGUUGGCGUCGUCGUCCCCCGUCCCUGUUGAAAGAAGCCUGCAAGGAGAAUGUCCUACACUUCUCGAAAGCUCCUCCAACACGUCGAGGUCCUCGGCUGCGCAAGCCGAUAAAGCGCUCAAUGGUGACGUCGACGCCAGCUCGUCGUCCCCAAGAGCCCAAAGAUCCCCCCAAGAACUCUGAAGAAUCCAAGGAAAAUUGGACACUCUUUCCCAAUCAGAGCGAGCCAAAUGUCCCGAAAAUUGUGUCUCCGGAGGCUCAGGACUCCUCCAAACAGAUCACCGAGCUUCUCUCACGAUCUCUAGACCCCACUCAGGAUCUCUCAACUCUUCUCCAAGAGGACUCCACCGAGGAUCCCGAAAACCCGCCUCAGAACUCCGUUUUAUCAGUCGUGGAUAUUCUCUCCCUUCACUACUCCGCAAUCUGCACAACCGAACAGACGGACGACUACUACACCAACUUCAUGUCAUGCAGCUCUUCCUCAAGUCUGUCAACGAGCUCAUCCAGUUUCUCCCGUGGAUUCUACCCCCCGUCGUCCAGUCAAAAGUACUACGAGAACGAUUACCCGAAGUCGAGCAAUCUGUCGUCAACACUUGUCGACACCCCAACACCCCUCGAAUACCAAAAUUCCGAUGACAAUGGCAAUUUGGAGGAGAAAUACCAGGAAGUGGAGUACCAGGAGAUCAAGUACAUGGACGUGGGCUCAGAGGAAAUCGUCGAGUCAUGCGAAAUGGUAACGCAGGUUCAAGACGACUGGCUGCCCUUCGAUCCUUAUGUAUUCAUCAAACACCUGCCACCACUGACACCAGCAAUGAGGGCCAGGUGUCCAGCGCUACCCCUCAAGACUCGAUCGAGCCCUGAAUUCAGUCUUGUUCUCGAUCUUGAUGAGACUCUCGUUCACUGCAGCCUUCAGGAGCUCUCUGACGCCGCCUUCAGAUUUCCCGUUGUCUUUCAGGACGUAACAUACACGGUUUUCGUUAGAACGCGGCCCUUCUUCAGGGAAUUUUUGGAACACGUCGCUGGACUCUACGAAGUCAUUCUGUUCACAGCUAGUAAGAGGGUUUAUGCUAAUAAACUGAUGAAUCUUCUUGAUCCCACCAGGAAACUCAUCAAGUACAGGCUCUUCCGGGAACACUGUGUCUGUGUUAAUGGGAAUUACAUCAAGGAUCUUUCUAUUCUUGGGAGGGAUCUGUCCAAAACUGUUAUUAUUGAUAAUAGUCCACAGGCUUUUGGUUAUCAGUUGGAGAAUGGUAUUCCCAUUGAAAGUUGGUUUGCUGAUAGAAAUGAUAAUGAGUUGAUGAAGCUUCUACCAUUUUUAGAGAAUUUAGUUAACUGGGGGGGCGAUGUUAGACCGCAUAUUAGAGAACAAUUUCGAUUGUUCAGUUUUCUUCCACCUGAUUAAUUUUUUUUCCACAAGGGUACAUAUCCGAAGGAGCACAAAUCGCUGAUUUUGUGGCAUUUAAGGGGACAGGGCUCAGAGGACUGGUUAGAUAUGGAAUUUUAUGUUAAAGUUGAAGAACCUGAUGUAAAAAUCUGUUGGAUUUCUAAAGGCUUUAUUACAGCAGACUUUCUUUUACAAAAAAAUCACGAAUUUCUUUAUGUGAAUGAUCCUUUCUGGCCUGGUUCCUACAAGAUGAACAAAUUUCAAGAGCCGUCUUUCAGAUUUUUUCAUCCGGAUUUCAUGAAUGUUUUUUUUAUCCCCGAGCCCUUGCUUGUUCUUAUCCCGAAAAUGCGUGGGUUAACGCGAAAAUUGUCAGAAGGAUUUUUUUAAGCCCAUAAAAUUGACAAAAGCUCUUCUGCAACGUUUAUCCGUAUGAUUCAGCAUUUAAGAAAAAGUUGAAGAAGGAACUGGUUUUAAUGCGCUUCACCUCUUCACGACUGAAUCAUUAAUAUUAUUUAGGAAUCUUGGAAUACCGUCAAUAACCUGUCAAUUGUCACUGCUCCAGUAUCUGUGCAUUUCGUCAUUUCCAGUGAAAAUUUUAUUGUAAGAGUUCUAGACGAAAGUUGCACCAGAUUGUCUACUUCAAAGCUACAUUUCAUACAUUCGAGCUAAGGGUAAAAAUAAUAGGCAUCGGACAACUGCUAGAAACUCAAACUAUUUUCAAUUAAAUAAUGAGGUAUCUACACUGACAGCCAAAGUAGCAGCCACUAAUGGUCGCCAUAUUCUCUGUGUCCAGAUAUUGUCAUUAUCUUAUUUGCGGGCAACAUAACCUAUCACAAUUUUUUUUCGUUUAUUUCUAGGUAUUUUUAAUUGCGAAGGUGAUGGCAAUAAUCGGGUUAUUGACAGUAAUUCCGAGUCAGUGUAAUGUUUUAUCAUUCAAGACAGUACCAGACGUACAAAAACCCUGAAAUUCCAUUCACUAUUUUCCUCUUAUCAAUCUACUAAUAUAAACCACUUCUUUCGCAGUAGUUUAAUAUAAAAAAAACUUAAAUGUCAUAUAUUACACGGAAAAGAACAAAAAUCUUUUAACAAAAACGAAGCAAUGACACAAAUGUAUAGUCAUUUAAGAUUCGAAUUCUCAUCACGGGUGCGACACGUGGGAAAGAAUUUUUAAACAAAAUUGAAUUUUUAUUCCUGAAGACGGAAACAACAAUGUUAAAGGGGUAAGUAUAGAAUUGAUAAAUAAAACAUCAGUGCAUAUUUAGUAAUAAUUGUCAUGAAUGGGCCGUAAUGAACAAAAUUACUAGACGAGGGGUUACAGAGGUGUUUUAGAUAAAUUUGGGAAGGACUGACCGACGUCUUCAAGUUCCUGUUUUUUCCUUUGGGCAUAAUUAAUCGAGGAAUUGUUAGGAAUUCUUUACAAACAAUAUUUUUUAGAAAUAUUUUUUUACUGUUUUUUUGUUCUGUGGAGACGAGAGGAGAUUCCGGUGACCGUAGUAAUAAUUUUUUCUGUGCAAUUGUUUACACAAUAUUGAUUUCAAUUAAUUUCUACUCCGUCGUUUUUCUUGGUAAUUUUAUUCUUCCCUCACUUAUCAUUAUUUCUCUGAGAUGGAAAAAAAAUAAAAAAUGAAUUUAAUGCAUAAACUAAUCAUAAGAAAUAGGUAAAGAAAUUGAACCAUAUAGCUGCUUCCCUGGGGACUGGACUGAAAGGAGAAUUAUUGAUGUUUCACUUUUACUUUUUGAUGAUUUAAUUUGAAAAAAAAAAAAUUCAAAAUAUUUGUCACGUGUCCAAUUGAUUUCCUCCAUUUUUCCAAUGAUUUUGUUCUCAUUUCGGUUAUCAUGCAUAAUAUGAAUCAAUUAAGAUUAUAAAUGAAAAGAAUUUUGAAGAGAUAUUGACAAUUUUACUCUUCUCAGUUCAGUAAACACCCAUCAACGGAAAAUAAAUCAAUAUAUAAAAUAAAACACAUGAAUUAUUGUAUAUCAAAAUGAUGAUUUAAUCACUAUUGUUAAACGUAAGGUACGAAUGAAUUGUUACAUUACUCAAACAGUUGAGUAUCUCAAAAGAAAUGUGAUUAAUUUCAUUUUCAAAUCCCAUGGUGAAUAUCAAACCAGAAAGUGUAGAUGUUUUUACAAAUAUUAUUGUAUCAGUCUUACAAUUAGUUUGUAAUUGAUUUUAUCGCACAGACUUUAAUUUUCCACUGAAUAACUAUCAGUUGAAUCAAUAUUCAUUACACAAUAUGUACCUAGAAAUUUAUCUCAUAAAUAUAUAUGAAAUGUAAGAAAAAAUACAAUUUUUUUUAUUCUA